AUGUCUUAUAAAACUUUUCAGACGUCGCUAAAUCGCUCGAAAGGUGGUGCUACGUCGUCUGCUGGUGAAUCAUCUACUAACCACAAUCUGGGUCCUAGCGUCAGCUCUGCAUCCCCACAACGAGCCUCAAUGUCCAAUAAUCUCAGUUGGCAGCGCAGUCGCCAGCUAAGCCCUGUCAGAGCAAACGCCUCAGCAGGCCCGACAGGGGGCCCGGGAGCCAACACCAACAUCAACUCCGGUUCAAGCCGACGUCUGCAGCUGCCACCGAUAGCCUGCCACAGCAAACCGGUGGGCGGACCGACGACUGGGUUGGCUGCCUCAUCUUCUGUGGAUGGCCUAAGGAUAGGAGCUUCACGGCAAAAGGUAGGUGGUACCAAGGGUUAA